AUGGACAAUCCGGGCAUGAACUCCUUCUUGGAGUUCGCGGUUUGUACCCGCGGCUCCUCCGCUCGCCCCCGCGCCGAGCCGGGCUCGCCCUCCUUCCCCCCGUGCUCCGCCAGCCCCGGCUCAGCUGCUGGCGACCAUUUCGGCCUCGUGGCUACCAACCUCGGGCAGAGCUUCCAUCCUCCCUCCUCCACCCGCUUCGCCCCCUCGGGCUACCCAGCGCAGCCCUAUGGCCACCAACAGCUCUGCCUGGGCCAGCAGGACUCGGACGGGCUCUGCUUCCAGGGUUACCCCUCGGGCUCGGUGGCCGAUGGCUACUGCGGGUCCGCGGGGCCCUUCCAGCAGCCGAUGUUGGGUCAGGAGCAGCCUGGCUACCUGGCCGGGCUGUUUGGCGAGCUGGGACCCUGCGGGCAGGAGGAGCUGGAGGCUCCGGGACCGCCCGAGCCGGGACCAGCGCUCGCCUUCGAGUGGAUGAGGGUGAGGAGGAACCCCCCAAAAACUGGCAAAACGCCUGAGCUGGGGCUCCUGGGACAGCCCAGCGCCAUCCGCACCAACUUCAGCACGAAGCAGCUGACGGAGCUGGAGAAGGAAUUCCACUUCAACAAGUACCUGACGCGGGCCCGCCGGGUGGAGAUCGCGGCCACGCUGGAGCUCAACGAGGCGCAGGUGAAGAUCUGGUUCCAGAACCGCAGGAUGAAGCAGAAGAAGAGGGAGAAGGAAGGGCUGGCCCCCGCCAGGGCGGCCAAAGCAGCGGCGGAAACCUCGGAUCAAUCCUCGCCCGAAACCUCCCCGAGCCCCGGCUCCUCCUGA